CCUCUAUUUGAACCUCGUUAUUCACAACUAGGGUUAGGAUUUUUGUGGUGGUGCUAUUUUAGUCUUGCUUUGCCUCCUUUCAUCUUCGUAGUCUCUCGAGUGUCGUCGACAAUGGCGGAGCAGACUGAGAAGGCAUUUCUGAAGCAACCCAAAGUGUUCUUAUGCUCGAAGAAAUCUGGGAAGGGGAAGAGACCUGGAAAGGGUGGAAACCGCUUCUGGAAGAGCGUUGGUUUGGGAUUCAAGACUCCCAGAGACGCCAUAGACGGAACAUAUAUUGAUAAGAAAUGCCCCUUCACUGGCAAUGUUUCAAUUAGGGGCCGCAUCCUAGCUGGGACAUGUCACAGUGCUAAAAUGAUGAGGACCAUUAUUGUUCGACGGAACUAUCUUCACUUUGUCAAGAAAUACCAAAGGUAUGAGAAGAGGCACUCAAACAUUCCUGCACACAUCUCUCCAUGCUUCCGUGUGAAGGAAGGAGAUCAUGUUACUAUUGGCCAGUGCAGGCCUUUGUCAAAGACUGUGAGGUUCAAUGUGUUGAAAGUGAUCCCUGCUGGAUCUUCCGGUGGAGGUGGGAAGAAGGCUUUCACAGCGAUUUGAGGUUUGUUUACCAAUUUCUGUGAUAGGGCGGACUUUCAUAAUGAACUGGGCUCAGGGUGAGCUAAUUUUGUGAUAGUAGACCUUUACUGUUUUGAACCAUAUUAAUGUGGAAUAUUUUUAUGGAUUUUUCUAUGUAUUAUGCUUUUUGAUAGUGAAAUCAUGGAGUUUCUGAUA